AUGCAUGGUUGCCGCGUAUCGUAUAUUUCAGAUUUGAUCCUGUACGAAAUGUGUGUUCACAAGAAAAAAGGGAAGGGUGCUGCGGGAAAGUCGAAAAGAGCAGGCACUGGAAAAUCAAAAGAAAAAACAAAAAAAGCAGGAUCUGAUACACUCAAGGACAGCAAGUCCGAUCAACAACCAGUUGGUGCUGCUGGUGCAGCUCCCGAAAAGGAUGAUGAUCAGAACAUGAUGGCGAAGCCAUGUAGCGACGAUGUGUUGAAAAAAGGUGAAUGGAAGUAUCACUCUAAGGAAUUUGCCUAA